AUGGCAUCCUUUACAUUGAGUGCUGUCGAUUACGUCAUUCUUGUAAUACUUCUUCUCUCAUCAGCUGUCAUUGGUGUUAUAUUCGGAUUUUAUAAAUCAAAGAAGAGUUCAGCUGUAGAGUUUCUUUUAGCCGAUGGAGGCAUGCAAGUAUUACCAACAGCACUCAGCAUAACAGUAUCAUUUAUUUCCGCUGUUACAUUGCUGGGCGGACCGAGUGAAAUCUAUUUGUUCGGUACUAUGUUUUGCUAUCAAGCUAUUUCGGCAGUCAUUGCUUCAAUUGUGACUGCACUUGUAUUUAUGCCUAAAUUUCGUGAAAUGAAUUUCACAAGUACCUACGAAUAUUUAGAACAACGUUUCGAUCGAUCAGUACGCAUGUCUGUUUCAUUUACUUUCUCGUUCAUUAUGUUAAUCUAUAUGGCUAUUGUAUUGUAUGCACCUGCAUUAGCAUUAAGUCAAACUACUGGUUUGAAUAUUUGGUUGUGUGUAGUUUCGAUCGGUGUUAUUUGCACAUUUUAUUCCUCUGUGGGUGGUAUAAAAGCUGUCAUUUGGACUGAUGUUCUACAAUCAGUAGUGAUUAUAAUUGGACUUCUUGCCGCUAUUAUUCAAGGUUUGAUUACUGUCGGUGGUUUCAAACGAGCAUUCUCAAUUGCAUCCAACGGUGGCAGAAUUGUAUUUGAUGAUAUUAGCUUUGAUCCUCGUACUCGGCACACAGUUUGGUCAAUGCUUAUAGGGGGUUCAUUAAAUUAUUUAGGUACAUAUGGAUUUAAUCAAACUUUAGUACAACGUUAUUUAUGUGUACGUUCUACACGAGGUGCUAAACAGGCAUUAAUUAUCAAUGCAAUUGGUACGGCAUUAGUUAUUCUCUGUUCUGGUCUAAUUGGAGUAAUAAUCUAUGCAUAUUAUGUUGAUUGUGACCCUUACACAGCCAAUAAAAUAGAAAGUAUCGAUCAAAUUUUUCCAUAUUUUGUCAUGGAAGUUCUGGGUGAUAAAAAAGGUUUGCCAGGUGUAUUUCUUACUUGUAUAUUUUCUGGUUCUUUGUCAACAAUUUCAUCGGGAUUGAAUAGUCUAGCAGCAGUAUUGAUCGAAGAUGUUUACAAAGGAUUGAUGGGUCGACAAUUGACUGAUCAAAGACAAGGUCUUAUCUCAAAAAUAUUUUCAGUCAUACUUGGUUCUUUUGUUAUCUUACUUACCUAUGUAGUCAGUUAUCUUGGACCAAUUGUUAAUGCAACUCUAUCUCUAUUUGGUGUUCUGGAAGGUCCUAUCAUGGGUGUUUUUUUUCUUGGCUUCUUCUUUCCACAAGCUAAUCGACGAGGUGGACUUAUCGGAUUUUUCGCUAGCCUCAUCUUAUUACUAUGGAUCUUUUUGGGUGCUCAAAUUACAAAAAAUCAAAUGGUAGAUGUAAGUCUACCAUUGUCGAUAGCCAAUUGUACUUCGAAUACUAACGAUACAAUGGGUGAAUUUGUAUUAAACUGGACAACUACGCUCACAACUUCCACUCCUAUAAAACUUGAUCCUCUCAUUGGAUUGUAUUCGGUGAGCUAUUUGUGGUAUACACCAAUAGCUGUUGGAACUGUCAUACUUGUGGGUAUGAUUGUUUCCUAUAUUACUCAUCCACUUAAACCACAUGAGAUCGAUCCGAAAUUGAUUAUACCAGUGAGUGAUAUGUUCUGUUGUUGCUUACCAAAAUCAUGGCGUGAAUGGUUACGAUGUGGAGUCAAUUACGAAAAUUAUUUCAAAGAGAAAAAAGAUAAGAAUGAACUGGAAAUGACAACAUCUAUCCAGUCUAACAGUAUUGAUACCAAUUUAACAGUACCAACACGUGAUGUAAGCUCGAAAAUACUAAGACGAUCGAAUAUGGUUUCUCCAGCAAUGUCUAGCGUAAUGGAUAGAAUCAAUGACGAUCCUUCUACAAACAUUACAACAUAA